GUGGGGGAUUAGUUGCCAUUUGGAGUGAGGAGCGGGCAGAGGCGGCGGCGGUGGCGAUUGCAGUGGCGCGGGCUCCGCGGAGAACCAGAUACUUCAAGGCCCUUACUCCCUACCCGGUUCAGCGGGAGUUCCCGGCGCUCCCUGCAGCUGCCGGGCUCUCCCGCUCACACAGCCCCGCCUGGCUGCGAACGGCCCCCGGGGCUGCGUGAUCCGGACGGUUGUCCCUCUCCCCUGUCAGCGCGAUGCCCGAGGCGGCGGCGGCUCCAGGCUCCUCGCGGUCCCAGCCGUGACCGCCACACCAAGCCCGGCCGGGCUGUUGGGGCCGUUGGACGUUUGUUUUCGCAGCCUUCCCCUCCCCCUUCGCCAAAGCGGUGGGGGUGCGCGUUGGGAAGGGGGAGCCGAGAGACUCCUCCCCCUCCCCAAUACCCCCGCCCCUCCCCCUAACACACUCGCACGCACUGUCGCGCCGGCUCCCACACGCUCGCGCGCCUCUUGCCCUGCGCCUCCGUGUCGGCCGGCGUCGUCCAGGGCCCGCGGAGCCACCAUGUCCACUGCCUCCUCCUCCUCCAGUUCCUCCCAGACCCCUCAUCCCCCGCCGCAGAGGAUGCGGCGCAGCGCCGCGGGCUCUCCGCCCGCCGCCCCCGCUGCUGGGAGUGGGAACGGUGCGGGCGGCGUGGGCUGCACCCCGGCUGCGGGAGCCGGCCGGCUGCUGCAGCCCAUCCGCGCCACGGUGCCCUACCAGCUCCUGCGGGGCAGCCAGCACAGUCCCACGCGCCCACCCGCCGCCGCCGCCGUGUCAUCCAAAAUGUCACUGCAAAGACCAGUUAUCAAGGUGCUUUUUCCCUUGGACAGAUCAAAAUCUCAGCAAGUUCGAACCUCUAGUACCAUAAGGCGAACCUCUUCUUUGGAUACGAUAACAGGACCUUAUCUCACAGGACAGUGGCCCCGGGAUCCUCAUCUUCAUUACCCUUCAUGCAUGAAAGAUAAAGCUACUCAGGUAAAAUUAGCUAAUCAAAAUCAGUUCUAUUACCCUGCCGGCACCACUUUGUCUCCUGUUUUGCAGUCUUCUGGACCCAGAUCCAUCCCCAUGCCACUGUCAAAUGCAUCAGUGCCAAAAUCAUCUGUUUCCCGUGUGCCCUGCAAUGUGGAAGGAAUAAGUCCUGAGCUAGAAAAGGUAUUCAUUAAAGAAAAUAACGGGAAGGAGGAAGUGUCCAAGCCCUUGGACAUACCGGAUGGCCGGAGAGCCCCCCUCCCUGCUCACUACCGGAGCAGCAGCACUCGCAGCAUCGACACUCAGACGCCCUCUGUGCAGGAGCGCAGCAGUAGCUGCAGCAGCCAUUCACCCUGUGUCUCUCCCUUUUGUCCCCCGGAAUCCCAGGAUGGUAGCCCUUGCUCAACAGAAGACCUGCUCUAUGAUCGUGAUAAAGACAGUGGGAGUAGCUCACCGUUACCCAAGUAUGCUUCAUCUCCCAAACCAAACAACAGCUACAUGUUCAAACGGGAACCCCCAGAGGGAUGUGAGCGAGUGAAGGUCUUUGAGGAGAUGGCGUCUCGUCAGCCUAUCUCAGCCCCUCUCUUUUCAUGUCCUGACAAAAACAAGGUUAAUUUCAUCCCAACCGGAUCAGCUUUCUGUCCUGUGAAACUUCUAGGCCCUCUCUUACCUGCCUCCGACCUGAUGCUCAAGAACGCGCCCAACUCGGGCCAGAGCUCCGCCCUGGCCACGCUGACCGUGGAGCAGCUCUCCGCCCGGGUUUCCUUUACGUCGCUCUCCGAUGACACCAGCAUGGCUGGCUCCACGGAGGCCUCUGUCCCGCAGCCAUCCCAGCAGCCGCAGCCACAGCUCCUGCAGGAACUGCAGGGCGAAGACCACAUCUCGGCUCAGAGCUAUGUGAUCAUCUGAAGCAGAGGGGAGCCGGCCUCUCCCCUGCGUUUCGCAGGCUGGGAACUAGCCCUCAGACACCCAUCUGCAUGGAGUGACAGACUUUCCGAACACCGCCACCGACAACAGACUACUUAUCAGCAUCAUCAAGUAUCUCUUAACUGACCUUGGCAGGGACGGAACUCCUAUUCAGCAGUUUUUGUGGAAGGCAGCAAUGCUUGCAAAACGUGCGUGUCAUUCAGCAUUUUAAGUGGAGACUAUGCAUUUCAUAGUAUGUUUGACAGAUGAGUACUGUGUCCUGUGUUUUGUUCCAAAUUCUUCAGUAAAAUAAGCUCUAUUGUCAAAAUGUUGCCUGUCUCAGUAGAAAAUGUCUUGCUGUGUUUUGUCCUAUGGAAAAUACUGUACUUCAGGAUUAUGUUUACAAUCGAUCCAGGUGUUUGUCUCUAACUUCCGUACUACAUACAAUGCAAAAAAUGAAAUCAAAUCAAUGGCCACAGCAGUUGCACAGUGCCCGCCCUAUGGCCUAGCUUCAGGUACUUCAGGUGAAGUCUAAACUCAGGUAACUUGAAAUGUAUACCAUACCGGGAUAUUAAACAUUUCACAGCUCAAAAGCUAAAGAGGGAACAUCGCUCUUUUGCCUUUCCUUAUUUUAUGCAUUUCCCUUUCCUCAUCACAUUCCACAUUCUUAGAAUAAGAAGUGCAUUCAGCCCUUGGAGAAUGAUAAUCCUGGACAUGGGGGAACGUGAGAAAAACCAGCAAAUCUGUGGUGUCUGACAUCAUUUUUGUCAUGUGGUUUCAAGUAAAACAACUGUUGCAUUCACUAUUUCAACACUUGUAAACAUGGCUUUUUUUUUUUAACAAGUUCAGGUGUUGCUCAGUUAAUGACUGUUCAGUGUCAUAACUAAAGUGUCCAGUACUAGACUGUACACAAACAUUCCACGUUGUGUGUGAUGGAAUGUAAAGACAAGAAUGUCUAGGUUGAAAUUCAGAACCAGUGAAGUUUCACAGGGGAUGGCUGAGAUUUGUGUGUUGAUGUAGGCCAUCAAGGUCGUGAAAUGCUACUGUGUGAUCUAAAGUCAUAGUAACGGUUAGUUUCUCUUUUAGACAUUUUUUAACUUGCAGGUUUGAAAAUGACACACUUUUGGUUAUUGCUUUCCUCAAGCAGUUUAGGUGCAUGAGUCGCAUUCACGUAGAGAGAGACUAUAUGAGUCUCAGAAUCCAUGCAAUAUAAAUAAGUAAGUAGGUUAUUUGGUGACUUACAAAAACAGUAGUUGAAUGCUGUCUCAUAUAAGCCUCUCGUAAUACUAUGAAUAGUGCUGUUAAUAUUUUGGAUGUGCAACGUAGAGCAUAAACCCAAGUAAAUAGCUUUGAACUUGCAGACUUGACCUAACAUCUCAACAGACUGUGAAGAGAGUCCUAGAUACUCCUGAUUGGCCAGUGGAAAAGCCUGCCUUUCAGACAUUGGUCCCGCAGCACAGAGUAUCCAAAAGCAAAGGGAAGUUUUUGUAUUUUUAUCCCAUUGUUUUCAGUUCAAUAAAACAGAGUUGUUUCCAUCUGCACCUAAAGUGUAGGGCACAAUUUUCUUAAGAAUUGAGGGAACGAGGUGCCUACAGCUACAGGAACGUUUCAGUUCCCUUCAGUCAUUCCUGGGGUUUUUUGUUUUUUUUUUUAAUUUUCUAAGGAGGUUGAAGAAGGAAGAGGUGAUAAAGAUGAAAGCAACACCAUUGAUUGUUAUUUUUAAGAAAUGGCAUGUGUGUGCGCGCGUGUGUGUCUGUGUAUGUGUAUGUGUAUUCUAUGUAUGAUUUUGUCAUCCCAAUUAUCUUGUUCCCACCAAAGUGUGCAGUAAUAUUCUCUCCUGAAGUUGCAGUCUGGCUCCUUUUCAUUAGUCAGUGUUACAUUGUAGGAGACUGUCAUGGAAAAAGACUCAGUUUACUUUUGCCAUUUUCACAGGGGAACCUUUUAAAACAAUCUCUUCAGCAGCAGACACCUUUAACCCUAAUAAUCUCAGGCCUUGCUGAAAAUACUAUAUUUUGUAGGUUAUGGUUAAAGGGAGAAAAUUAUUCUGUAAGAUAAAUAUGAGCUCCAUUAACUUCUGAUAUCGGACUUAGCAUUACACGAUGUGUUUGAUCUUAUGCUCUGCUUUUGUCCAAAUAAGAUGCAAUAGUAUCGAUAUCAAUUUCUGAAAGAUGGACCGAAUAUGCUUUUUUGGUGACAAAAUCUGAUGUACAAUAUUUAUGGUGACAUGUGCUUUUUUAUUUGCUCAUGAGAAACUGAAUAUUAAUUGUGUUGUACAUUUGUUCUUAGAAUAUAUUAAAGUUUUGAACCAAAUGUGUUAAAAGCUUAUGCUUUGCCAUGUAAAUUUCCCAGAAGUUGUUGAGCUCAAAUGUAUCCUACACCCAGCUGUAGAAAUUUGUCAGAAAUUGUUUAAAUUUUGUAUAUAGUGGUACUGUUGAAUUCUAGCCACUGCGCUGAACAGUAUUCGAGACACCAUACAAUAUGGCUUUACACAAGGAAAUGUGUGGCUUUCGUUUUGUAUUUUUUUCAGUAUAGAAGUUCCUGUGUCUUAUUUAAAUAAAGUUAUUAGUAAAACUGGAA